UUCACAUCUUAUCCGCCUAAGCAAACCUAGUAGAUGAAGUUAAGUCAGAUAACCCGUUAAUUUAAGACAUAAUGUAACGCCUAUUAAAUACUGUAAGUUAAAGUUCUUCCAUGUGAGAUGUAUCUCUUAUUUUACUCUGUCGGAAUUUUGUUUUUAACUUUAUUUGUGGGGUUACUUCGUCUAUAAAUCCGUCUGCACGCUUGUUGUGGUUUGUCCCAACAAAAUGACUCUUCCAGCUUUGCAAAACACCGGCGUGAUUUACAGGAGGAUCUUGUCCCAGUUUCCUCAAGACAUUAGCUUAGCUUUUGCAUACGGAUCUGGUGUUUUCAAACAGCAUGGGACCAGCCAAGGUCAAAUGGAGAAAAACAUGCUGGACUUUGUGUUUGCGGUGGACGAUCCCGUGACAUGGCACACUAUGAAUUUGCUACAGAAUCGCAGGCACUACUCCAUCCUGAAAAUACUGGGACCCACCAAAAUCAGCUCCAUACAAAAUGACUAUGGAGCUUCUGUUUACUACAACACACUCGUGCCUACUGAUGGAAAGAUAAUUAAAUACGGGGUGAUUAGUACAGACUCAUUGAUUGACGACCUCAUGCACUGGAAGACCAUGUAUGUUGCAGGACGUCUUCACAAGCCGGUGAAAAUGUUGGUACAGGAUGAGAAUAGGAAGCUCCGUGCUGCUCUGGUAUCCAACCUAAAGAGCGCGGUUAUGGCCUCCUUCCUUAUGCUGCCAGAAAGCUUCACAGAGGAAGAACUUUUUCUGCAGAUCGCUGGACUUUCUUAUGCUGGAGAUUUUCGGAUGAAGAUUGGAGAGGACAAAUCCAAAGUGUCCAAUAUUGUCGAGGACAAUAUUCAGCAUUUCAGGAUUCUUUACAGCAACAUCCUCCGGGACUGCCCUCAGGUGGUCUACAAACUUCCACAAGGAAGACUUGAGGUUGACAAAAGUCCUGAAGGCCAAUUCAUCCAGCUGAUGGCGCUGCCUAGAACUCUUCAGCAGAGGAUCACAAAGCUGGUUGACCUUCCAGGGAAAAACAGGGAUGUGGAGGAGAUCCUGCUGCAGGUGGCUCAGGACCCCGACUGCGGAGCUGUGGUGCAUCAAGGUAUCUCAUCUAUUGUUAAGUCCUCCAGCAUAACACAGAGUAUCAAAGGAAUUGCUACAGCUGGUUUAAUGAAGACUGUCUCCUAUAGCUCCAAAAAACUGAUGAAGAUGUGGAAGAGCUGGAGGAGGAAUCAGUCAUUCUCGCAGAUGUCCUGAUGCAGAUUACUAUGACUUUUUCACUUCUUAGUUAGAUAAAUAAUCCAGGCUGCCUUGUAUCACUUUGUGCGUGUGGUGUGGAAGUCCCUCUGCACUUGUCCCGUCCCAUUAAACCUCCGAUGGCUACAGAAGAAACCAUUACAUUUCCAGAACCAGACUGAAAAUAGGUUUUAUAGUUGCACAUACAGAUGAGAGGGUCAAAGGAAAAGUCUGCUGAUAGAAAAAGUCACUGAACCUGUGUGAACAUUUACCUCAAUAAGUUUGGUUUCAGUUAAGUAUUACAUGUAUGUGUUUUUUUUUCUAUUGAUUGUGGGUCCUGCUUUGGGUUUCAUCCCUGGCAAUCACUUUGCCAAAGAUUUGUUGAAUUUGUAUAUCUUUCCUUGUGUUUUUAUUCAUUCUUUGCAGUUUUCCGAUGGGAAGCGUUACAUUGUAACUCUGGAAUGAUGCAGUAAAAAUAAUUUAUACAUAUACACUGUAUAUAAAAAAAAACAGUUUUUAAAACACAGCAACAAGUCAGCUUCUUAGUUUUACUUUGGAAAUAUGUUCAGUAAAACUGAAGCUCCUGAAUUUUGACCAGACAUAAAUAUCUCCACUCAGCUUCUUCAUUGCAUUAUAACAUAGUGUUUCUGCCCUAUAGUAAAAUGUUUUGGUUGUCAUUAAGGUAAACUUAACUCCAGUUGCUCAACAUACCAUACUCAACAUAGAGGUACUGAGAUUUAAUGGUUCUAGUGAAAUCAGAUUACAUAGACAUGCAUUUUUCAUUAAUCAUUUUUGUUGUGCUGUGAUUUUUCAAAAAAUAAAAUCAUGUUUCAUAACAGUUUUUAGUGAAGCGCAGUGGGAGGUAGGAGACUAUUUUGUACUUCAAUGGCUCAGGGAUAAUCGGUUAACACAUUCAUGGGGAAAAAAGAAAGUACACCCUGUUCUAAGGUCAAGUAUCAGAACAUAAUAAAAGUUAUCUGCUCUUUGUCAACUUUUAAGAUUAUUUAAAGCUGACCUCAAACCCAUAUGACAGAUUUCUGCUUUUUGUUAUUUGUAAGACAAAUUUAAAACAAAAAUGACACACAAAAAAACGAGUAUAGGAAAAUAUCUUUUGAGCAGCAACUUGAAGUUGUCAGGUUUUUGCAUGACAUAAUCAGACUAGUGCCAGAAUGUUUGGUCAUAUUUUUCAGAGGUUUAAUUUUACUGCUUCUGAUUUGGUUUUUGGCCCCGCCGGAGCACGUUUCAUUUGCUGAGGCGCAGACUUCGAGCCAUUGAUUUUGUUUUCUGACAUUCAUUCAAACACUGCUCAUUUAUUCUAGAAUAUAAUUCAAUAUGCAAUAUAAUAACCUAUGCAAGUCUUAAUCUUUGACUCCCGUGACAAAAAUUUUAACUUAAUUUUGCCUGUUUUGUUCAAUGACUGGCUUGUGCGGUUUGCAUCAUGAACGGACAGUAGGCCAAGUCUGAAAUGCCACAAUAACAAAUGAGAAGUUCCUAUUCACUGGUAACUACAUUUAAAGCAGUGUUCAGCAGAAUGAAUGUAAUGAAAGCACUCAAGAAAAUGAAACAAAAUAGAAAACAGUGCUGUGACAGUGAUACAGUUCAGUGAAUCAUCUGGUUCAACCACUUUUCUGUUUUGUCCACCGAACAGCAUUACAUCAUGACACCUGAGUCAUCUAACAGCACUGGAAACUCCUUUUUCUUUUCUCUUUAACUGUGAUCCACCAGCUUUCACUGUGUGUUUCUUGGAUGCUUGUUUCUUGUUGGUCAGCAUUUUUGUAACACCAUGUUCUGUUAAAGAAGGAAGACUAA